AUGCAAAAGCGUGCGCGGUUAUUAGAUAAUAAAAUGAAGAGGAUACAUAUAAAUAGACGGGGUCGCACAGAUUAUAAAGAUAGUUUAUCAUUGCCAUUGGCUUAUAUGAGACUCACAUUGUGUUGGUUGACAAUUGUCACAUUAGGUGCAUUUACUGGAUUCCGAGUCGAAUUAUUGUGGCCAUUUUGGUUGAUGAUUCGAGCAGCUUAUGAAUCGAUGCAUAAGAAUCAGCAUCCAGUUUCUGCACUUGCCAAUCCAAACACAACUGUGAGUUUGAAUUUUAUAAUUGUGAACCUAUUCAUAUUUUUCAAAAAAAAAUGUGUGUUUUCCUUUCAGAAGUUCUCAGUGUUUUUUGUAUGCGUGACAGCGACUUCCGAUCUCAUAUGUUAUCUUUUUAUACCGGUUCGAAUGUUGAUUUUCAUUGCCACAACGUAUGUUUGGAUUAAUUUAAUAUGGCAUACACAUGGUGGUUUUGUUCGAACAAUCAAUACAAUGUAUAGUAAGUUGUUUUUGGCUUGGCGGAUUUUCGUUUGGAGAAUUGAAAAAAAAGAGAAACCUAUAAUUUUUCUACCUAGUAAUUAGUGUUAUUUCAUAAUUAUAGAUUCGAGAAAAAUAUUAUUUUUUUAGUUAUUUAUUUUUUCAUUGAUCCAAUCAUUUUUCAGAUGGCGAACGUUCACAGUCCGGGUUAAUAUUAGUUUUAACCGCGAUGGUAAUUGGAUUUGAGCUGUUUUUGCGUGUUCGAUUUGAUUAUUAUGUUCAAUUGAGUCGAGGUGGAGAUCAAGGGUCUUCACUUCCUAUUUUUUGGACAAAUAAUGUAUCUCCAACUUUACCACGAAGUUUGAACGGAUUUUUUGGAUCGCAUUGUAUUGGUUAUCCAGUUGUAUUAGUCACGUUUUCUUUGCAAUAUUAUUUCAAGUUAGUUUGAUUUUUUUAGCGAAAAUUGAAAAGAGAAGGAUUUUUCUCCUUUUUCUGAAUUUCAUUUUUCGAAAAUUGAAUCUCAUUUUCGAGAAAAAUCUUUAAUUAAAAAUAUUCAGUGAAUGGAAAAUGCGACGAAGACAAAGUUAUGUUUGUGCGAAAAACGAACAAUUGUAUAGGAUACUCGUCGAAUCAUUACCAGCAGAAUACGAAGGGCCAAAAGAUUAUACAUCUUCUUGUAUUGAUGAUGAUUGUUAUUUCGAUACUGCACCACCAACAACUUCUUCAAAUUCAAAUCAACCAAUGGUUGCAAUAACUGGAAGUGGAGGAGCAACAUCUUAUCCAAAUAAUAAUGGAACACCAACACAAACAACGAAUAGCAAGAAAAACGGAUAUAAUAAGGUAUGUUUAAUUAAUUCGAAUUGGCUGAUUUUUUUCAAAAAACGAAUUCAAAUUUGUUUUCUUUUAAAAACCAAAAAUGUCUACAUUUCUAGAAAAAAAGAUCGACGAAAGCACAUUUUUCAAAUUCCAAAAAUAAUUAUUCUCCUUCUUCAUUCCAAAAAAAAUAAUUAUUUUUUCAUUUUGGCUCAUUGUUAUUGCUCGCUAAAUUUUCGUAAAUUGUUUUCUUCUCAUGAUUUCGUCAUCGAAAAAAUUUUGUACUUUCAAAAAAAUAAUCUGAAAAAAGUAAAAACACCUACAAUCUUAAAUUAUAAGCCCUUGAAAAUCUUUCAAAUCUCAAAAUUAAAUGUUGAAAUUUUAGGGUCGAAAUGAUCAGAAAAAAGGAGUGAAGAAAAAUGGUACACCGCCUGAAAAGAAAUCAAAAGAUCAUAAUGAAACAAAUAAUAAUGGAUAUGAUAGUGAUGAUGAAUGUUGUUGGAAUGCAAAAAACGAAUAUUCAACAUCUUCUGAUUCGAAAAGCGGAGGAAUUUCUGUUAUUCGAAUUUUACUCGAUUUUUCUAUUUGGAUAUUCAGUGGAAUUGGAAGUGCAUUCAUUGGAACUAGUCGAAAUAGUCAUAAUAGUAACAACUCGAAUUUGAAUGGAACAUCAAAAAGUUCGAAUGGAUCUUCGAGAAAUAACAAGAAAAAGAAUAUGGAAUAUGUUGAGGAAACAACUAGUAAUUAUUAUGAAGAUACUUGUGAAAAACUGCAAAAUGAACGACUAAAUAACCAUGAUUUGUCUACAUCGAAUAAUGGAGGCAGUAAAAAUAACAAGGUUACAAAUAAUCGAAGUUCUUUGAAAACAACUCGACUUCCUGUAAAAUCAAUGCCAACAUCUUCAAAAUGCGAUAAUAAACCAGAGAGUUCAAUGAUUAAUGAUCAAACAGAAGCGUAAGUUUUUUCAUUAAAAAAAUAUCUGAAAACCGAUAGAAAUGUUUCUAGAUUCACGCGAGAAAUUGAGGAAUUGCGUUGCGAAUUGAAUACGAAACGAAAUAUUGAAGAAGAUAUGAAAUUGACUAUUAGAAUGCUGGAAUCAAAUGAUUCAAGACUUACGCAAACAAUUUCUCAUCUCAGAAUGCGUCUUGAUCAAAUGGAAAACAAGUUUGUUUUUUUUGGAAUUGGAAUAUUUUCCAAGUUAUUUCAUAUUUUUCAGAUGUAACUCACUUGAAAAACAUCGCGAGACUGACAAAAUAAACUUGGAACAAGCGGAAGCCAAAUAUACAUCACUGACAUCAAGAAAAGUUGAAUUAGAACAAGCAUUGAUUGCUGAACGAAAAGCUCGAAAUGAAGAUACUGGAAAGAAGUAAGCUUUUAUUCAAUACAAGUAAACAUAAAAUAUAUUCAUUUUUUUAGAAUGGAUUUGGCUGAACAUCAACGUGAAAAAGAACGACAACUUGAAAAGGAAGUUGAUCGUCUAAGAGUUGAACUGAAAAUCAAAGAAGAAUCGAAUUGUGAAUAUGAAUUAGAGUUGGCAUCUCUUCGAAGAUAUAAAGAGAAAAAUGAUAUUGAUGAAAUUCGUAUGGAAUUGAAAAUUCUGAAAGAUAAAUCGUCUCAUCUUGAAGCUGCACUUGCAUCAGAAAACAAACUAAAACAAGAGCUUUUCCGAGCUUUAGGUGAUGCAAAAGCGAGCAACAAAUGUUUGGAGAAAAAAGUGGCUGAUCUCGAAAUUGAACUACGUAAUCGGCCACAUAUUGUAGACGAUGACACAACAAAUUCCGAUCAAUCAUCACCACAUCAAAAUAAUUCGGCAAUGGGUUCUCCAAUUCCUCCAUCAAACAAAAUUCCAUUAUCGAUUAAUAUUAUGAAUAGAGAAACACCAAAACUCAUUUCACCAAUUGGAUCGAAACUUGGAACAAAUGUUGUAUCUACAGGAGGACUUGUUGGAAUAUCACCACCGGAUUAUCAUAUGGCAAUGAAUCAUACAAAACCACCACCACCAAUAAAUAAUUACACAUAUCGGUAAUAAUUUUCAACUUGUUCACAAUAUUUACAUUAAAAGGGGUGGGGGUAGGAAAAAAUCAUACUAGAUUCAAAUAUAAAAAUGGUACUUUUCUCCAAAAGUUGGAAAUAAGUUAGGAAUACGUGGUCCAAAAUUUUGGAAUUUUUUGUUCAAUUUUUUGAGAUUCUUUAUUUCCCUUCUCUGUGGGGUUUUUAAAUCGAGCUUAAGUAAUCGGACCACCGAAAGUGAAUAGGACCAGUCACGAGUUUUUAACAAGAAAGUAAGAAAAGUUUUGUAAGAAAAAUUCUGAAUUAAAAAAUGUUUUGUGUAAUAGAAUAGGGCAAUUUUUAAAAAUGUUCAGAAGUUUUCAAAAAAUUGGAGCUGUCGCGAUUCCUUAGGUUCAACUCAAAACACCAAAUAAUUGUGCGUUCUUCAAUUAUUCAUUUUCAGCUACAAUCAAUUCCAACCGCAUUCUUCAACUGGCGAACAUAUGCUUUUCGAUACUCCACCGUCAAUGUCAAUUCCACCACCAUCAGUUGUUUCCAAUAAUACUACACUCUCAUCAUCAACUUGUGCACCAUCUGAUCUUUCUCGUCAUAUGGGCAAAUUUGGUGCACCAUCCAAUCCGAUUACUCGUACCAAUUAA